AUGAGUCAACCCCUCGUAUCGAGCUUGACCGAGUCUGCCGUCCGGCUGGACCCACGGGACUCGCGGGAAUAUGCGGGCAACCAGGAGGAUUCGCCGCUGUACGACAUCUGCGAGCACCCAGAGCAACAUGACAAUGUGCGGGACUAUGACGGCGAGAUUGUCGUCGUUGAUGAUGCCAACGCUAAGUCCCCCGGCCAUGUCAUCAUCAUGCCUCGCGACACCUCCAUCAAGGAGAUCGCCAACUUAACCACCCAACACCUGCCCCUCCUCUACCGCUUCCGGGCCCGUGCCCGAUCGGAAAUCCACCGUAUGCUUCGAGAAGACCCCAACCGCAUCCCACUCUUCAUGACCGGCUUCCACACCAUCCCCAGCCUCUUCCCCUUGCACCUCCACGUCCAGGACUGGUCCCUCAGCACCAACAAGAUGUUCCACCCGCGCCACUGGAAAGUCCCCUUCUCCAACAUGUUCAUCUCUCUCGAGCACGUCAUCGCCGAGAUCGAACGCACAGGCCACAUCACCAUCGACGCAGACGCUUACCGCGAAGAAUGGGCAUCCAAACCCAUCCGCUGCCCUGUCUGCCCCGGGCCCCAGCCCCAAUGGGAAUCCCUGGACAUCAGCGAACUCGCCAACCACUGGCGCGAUCAUAUCGCUCACUGGAAAUCCACCUCCACUCUUCCACUAGGAAAACACCCUACUACCGGCCUCUGGACCCCAACCUUCCCGGUCAUCCUCACUACAAAGCGCCGUGGCGGUAUGAUCGGUUUCCCUUCCUCUUCCUCCAACAAAUCCCAGGAACUCCCUCCCCAACUCGCCCACCUCCAAACCCUCUACCCCUCUCUCGAAAUCCACUCUUACCACACCGACGACUGGCCCAAAAUCCCCAAAUACAUCCUUAACAAAACCACCAUCUACCUCUCCACCACCGAACUCCCCCCACCACAAAUCCACCUCCCCCGUCUCCAAUGGAUCCACCUCGCCUCUUCUGGCCUCGACCUCCUCAACAUCCCGGCCAACAACACCCUCUACAACCACCGCCCGGGCCUCCACCUCACCUCCAGCACGGGAGCCGGGUCAGCGGCGUUGGCUGAGUGGGCUGUUAUGAACACGAUGCUGCUCUCCCGCAACAUGCUGACUGCGUUACGCCACCAGGCGCAAAGGGAAUGGAAUCCGACGGGGUUGAUGGGGUAUCGAACUUUGAGUGAACUCGCCGUGGGCGUGAUAGGGUUCGGAUCGAUUGGCCAGAGCGUGGCAGAGCGGUUUCUGGGUAUGGGGUGUACUUCCGUCUCGGCGUUAAACCCAGCCGGGUUACCACCACCUUCUUCCCGGGGUACUGCUAUGGAGCAAAAAGUCCAAGUCAUCCGCGCCACCAGCCCUGAAGCGUUACACGCCUUCCUCCAGAAACAAGACAUUGUGGUGUUGGCAGCCCCCGUCACGCAGGAAACAGUCGGCUUGCUCGGCGCGGCAGAGUUUGCGGCUAUGAAGGAGGGCGCGCUGGUGGUGAAUGUUGCGCGGGGCCCAUUGAUUGAUGAAGAGGCGUUGGUGAAAUUCCUGCGGAAUGGGCAUUUAGGGGGCGCGGCGUUGGAUGUGGCGGUGGAGGAACCGCUGGGGAAGGACUCGCCGUUGUGGGGGUUGGAGAAUGUCAUUAUUACGCCGCAUGUGGCGGUUAUGCAUGGGAAGUACAACGACAACAUGCUCUCCAUCUUCGAGGAAAACGUCCGCGCCCACCUUGACGGCCGGCCCAAGAGGAACAUGGCCUCACUGCCAGUGGUAUUUCCUGAUCUGCCCAAAUCCUAUAAGCCGCCCACAUUUACCCCAGCGGCUCCGGCCCCCACUCGAACGCCCAACGUCGUUUAUGCUGUCCGUGAGCGGCAGUAA